AUGUCAUGGAAGGAAAAUGUUAGGGGUUUCUUGUGAAAUUCGAUUUAUUUGUGAACAAAUCGUGGUCAGUAAUCGGGAAUAUGUAUUUUGAUUUUACAGAGGAGUAACUAAGGGUGAUUUUGGCACCGUGUUUAGGCUAUAUCUCCCGAUAUUUUCAUGUUAGUGGCGAGGUGAACUUGGUGAUCUGUAGCUGAUUGCUCUCCUCUCCUCUGCACUGGUUUUAGGAGUAGUCAGUGUAGCAGCUGUGUGUUGAACCUGAUAAUAUUCUAUUCUGGUGUAAACAUGGCGACCCAAAUGGAGGCUAAAAUAGAUGUGCCAAACAAUAGCGAAUUAACUGCAGAUUCUCCUGUGCCUAGUCCUACUGUAUCUGUUUCUGACUCUAUGGAUACUCCCGAAACUCCCCCAGACUCUCCGACCUGCCCCCCAGAAAAUCCAGAAAGAGAAGAGGGGGAAGAGGAGGAAGGAGGAGAGGAACCUGGGGUUCAGCUGCAGAUUAUUCAGAACCGAGGAGAUGAAGAGUAUCAGCCAAAUCAGAGCACGUCAGAUGCAGACAGUCAAAGUAGUGCUACAAGUUCGGGGUCGAGUUCGGUAGGUCCCGGGACAACAAACGUGGAACAAGUUGCGCUUGAUUUUUACAAUCAGACGCAGUUCGGUUUUUGUCAAUCGCGGUCCAACUGUGCAUCUAACCCAGCGACUCCUCGGGUCUCGCUAACCGGCCCGAAGUACAAGCUUAUACAGGAUGGGGAUAUACAAGUGUGUCGUUUAAACCACACGAGGACCAUAGUUAGUAAAAUCAUGAAUUCCAAGUACCUGCGGCGGUGGGAGAGCCACCAUCUUCAGCUGGAUGAAGCGGAUAUAAGGUCGGCCACGCCAUCGGGAUUUAUGGAAAAUAGCAUCCCUUACUCAGCGAUAGAGGAAAUAAAUAUCGUCUCCCGAUGGGAUGCUGGACAGAAGUUUUGUAUACGAAUAACGGUUCCGGACGGAUCAGUCUUAUUACAGGCUAAUAAUUCUUAUCUCAGAGAUCAGUGGCUACAUUCUGUGCAAUGGAAGCGACACAUGCUUAAAUAUGAAAAACUACUAAAAAAUACCCGGAGGCCAGAAGUAUUGCUAAAGGAAAUAACUAAUAUGAUUGACAUGUCAUUAACCACUCCAAUCCAAGAUGCUUCAGUUUCACAGUUCCCUCUUGAACUUGUUUCAGAACUCUUACAGCAGCCGAUCAUCCCAGUGUCUGUGCACCAGAAUGCAGACACAAUUUCAAAGGUUGCGCAUGAAAACAUAAUAGUUGCACUCGCACCCCUCCUUGAGAAUAAUCAUCCGACACAGGAAAUAUGUGAUUUCUUUACCAAACACUGUAAAAACAGUCCUCGGUCAAAGAUCGUCAUAGAACUUUUUACGCCAGUGGUGCGCCGAAUUCUGAAACACAAUAUGGACUUUGGUAAAUACCCGCGAAUGAGGACUUUCGUUCAAGAAUAUAUUCAAGCCUUGAAUUCCCAGAAUGACGGCAGAAGAGUUGUUGGAAACUUUGUGAAAAGCAUGCAUGGGGCGGGAAGCACAUGCCCCCAUCCCCGAGUCCUACCAAACCUGGUAGCUGUAGCUCUUGCAGCCGUCUAUGGCGUCUUUGAGGACAAAAAGAAUUACACAAGGGAAAGUAAUGAUUACGAGCUCAAUAUGACGUAUGGCGACAUUCAGGAAAGGUUGUCAUGCUAUGUCAGCAUCUUAGAAACUAUGUCUGAAUGUGAAGAUUGGAAGCCACUUCUAGGCAGUUUGCUACAACCCAUACCGUUCCCUGACGAGGCCAUUGCCGAUGAAAUGUUCACAUCAACCCUCAAGCCAGUGAUACAAAACUUGGCAGACGACACACGCUGUGAGGUCCAUCAAACAGUGCUCGGUAUCCGCGAUGGCAAGGAAGGCUGGUUCCAUCUCUAUUGCCCUGGUGGCAUAGCCUGUGAUGAUGACGGUCAACUCUAUGGAAUUAUGAUAAAUCGUCUUAUCAAUUGUUGUUGUAGACGGAAAAAGUUUUUGCAGAGCAUGGGUAAAAUGAUUGGACCGUGUAUGCUGUUGGCCCUGAGGGAAAAUGAAGCAGCUAUGGAAGUUCUUUGUGCCAUGUUGGAGUUUGAAACGGUUGAGAAUAACGACUGUAAGAUGCAGAUGAUCACCACACUGCAGAGCACGUCGACGGGCAAGAAGAUGUACGCCGCUCUGUGCGACAGACAGAUAGCUCUGAGAGAACUGCAACAAAAGGGUGGACCCAAGAAGCUAACCCUGCCAUCCAAGUCGACUGACGCUGAUUUGGCCAAACUCCUGAGUUCUGGCUCGUUUGGCAACCUGGAGUGUCUGAGUUUGGCGUUCACCCAAGUGACCAGCAACUGCGCUAAGGAUCUGAUUAAACUUCCUUCACUGCGCUACCUCAACCUAUGGUCGACACAGUUUGGCGAUGGUGGGCUGCAACUCAUCUCGGAACACCUACAGAAACUUCAGGUUCUCAACCUUUGCGAGACCAGGGUCACAGACAAGGGACUUACUUCACUCUCAGCUCUGAAGAACCUGCGUAAAUUAAAUCUGAACAGUACUCACUUGUCGGCUUUAACCUUUGAGGAUUUGAAGGAGAAACUGCCCGCCCUGCAAGAGUGUGAUGUCCGCUAUACGGAUGCUUGGUGAACCGAGGCUCCGGCAGACGAAACCGGACUCGAAAACUAAUCAGACACGAACUGUCAUAGAUCAUAUUGUUGUUUCAUAAGCUUCUCCGUUCAUUCGACACUAUCGGACACGACAAAUCAUCGGACAUCCUGCCACUCUGUUAGCGCCACCUAUAGGGCACACUCUCCACUGUUUUUGUCACCUCUCAUUUGUAAAUGACCACCAACAUGUGUAUUACUCGAGUUGUAUCAAUCAUAAGUAUGUCUUUUAGAACAUUGGGAUUUAUAACUGAGAAGACGUGUAAUAUAAAAGUAUCGAAGAUUGUGCCUAUUAUAUUAUUGUCUAAUGACUGUAAUAUAAACCGAUAUAUAGAUUCAGGCCAGUAACGGCCAUGUGUUCAUCAAAAAGCGUGACUAUAUCUAGACCUGUGGUCGAUGUAUAUGAAAUUCGUAUCGGUAAGUGUGUAGCUUCAGUUCUCAAGCGGACUUUGUAAUCGGGGCAUGAGGGGUCGAUGUGCCUGGACACUUUUUAGAGGUCAAGGUCAGAUUUAAAGGUGAAGGUCAAAGUUCUAGUCCAUAGUACACACCUGAGGAAGAAAUCGCUUUAUUUUGUUCUCAAAAUAUCAAAAUAAAUUCAGUUCUCAGAUUUUUUUUUAUUGUGACAAAUUUUCUAAGUCAGUUUCUCCCGUAAAAAUUUAUUUUUUUGAUUUGUUUGAUUUGUUAAUGUCGUGUUGCAGGUGGCUUUCAAAUUUUAAAACUUGUUUUGAAUUUACAUCUUGGAAAAUAUUAUUCAUUGCGAUAAAGAACCUAAUGACUUAAUUAGUCACCACAUAGGUAUGUCAUAUAUACAUAGAUAAAUUGCUUUUAUAAAAACUUGUGAAUACUUGUUCCCCCCAGUGGUGUAUUGAAAGUAUAGUGCACAGGCAACUUGGUGUAGAAAGCGUCGGUCGGCUAGAAGAAAAUCUACAUUACAAAUCGGCUGGGUUCUCACAGAAAUAUUCAUUUAGACCUUAUGGUCCAAAUAUAGUUAUAAGAAUUUGGAAAGUGUCUGGAAUGACAUAAAAAGUCAGAGAAAGGAAAUAUACUGUUUCUCCGAAUUCAACUUUGACUCAGUUGACCGUGUGCCAUACUUUACCUAUAAACCCUUGAUUUGUCAAAUGGACUCAUCUAAUGCCUUAACUGGAAGAGUCCAUUCAAGGAAAUGGGGGUGAAAGUGUAACGGGAUGACCUCUUUACGUCUGGCGGUUCACUCAUUUUGUCAGUCUUGUGCAAAUCAAUGGGGCAGCUGGCCUGUGCUUAUUUUUAAGGUGCUGCUUGCAAAGGACACUCAACAACAAUAAACAUGUGCUUGUAUAUUUACGUGUUAUGAAAUGUAUUAUUCAAACUGUUAUCCAUUUGAUCCACGACCUAAAAGAAAAAUGUUCAGCAUACCCACUUCAGUUAUUUAGAAUUUUUGACGGGGUUUGAAUUUUUGGUCAUGGUCAUAGGUUGGCCUUCCCCCUUGAAGUUGACAAUAGUUUUUCACUGUUAAUCAAUGGAUUUGAUGUGAGAAGUUGAAAUUUCACUGGGAAGAAUAUUGUCUGUAUUAAAGAGAGACACUGGGGUUGAGAGUCAGGGUGUUGACAAUAGUUUUUGGCACCAAAAUAGAUCUAUAUUGCAGAGGGCAGGAGAAGCUGAUGCGUUCUACAGUUCAAGUCACAAUUGACAUCCUAUCUGCUUCGCAUUAGUUGCAUGCAACCUACGCGCCUGUGACGCACUAUGACACAUUCGUCACUCUAUGUUUUGCGCAGGUUGCCCGUCGCCUAGAUUAUGUGCCACCUACGUGCUCGGUAGCAGGUCAGUGAUGCGAUUUGAGGGAUGUCAGUUGUGAUUUGGACUGUAUCCCUCCUACUGUUCAUAUAAGAUUUGGAACCUGUCUACCGAGUGGCCUCGGCCAGGUGCUAGGAAAGAUUCGACUUGCAAAUGAAUAUGAACAUAAGUGUUGUUAAUUCACUUACUUAUUUGUAGUGGCAACACGUACCACAACCCAAAAAAAAUUAAAAACCUAAUAUCAGGCAAAGUAAAAUGGGAAUUUAUGUUGUUGUGUCGCAAUAUUUUGGCAAGCAUUUGUAUUGUAUUUCUAUUAGUCAAGCUGGGCUUUGGCUAAGUGGGAUAGUGAAUUUGUGUUCGGUGUUCUGUGGAGGAAAGGAAUGAGGUAUAUAGUCGACCAGGUUUAUGUUGUCCUUAUGAUUAAACGAAAAACACAGGGUCACUUGAGUUUGUUUUUGUUUGUACAUUUUCACAAUGGUCAUGAUGCACUUCAAAUUAACAAGUUGAUACACACUGGUAAUCAUAAAUACUAAUUUUUUGCAGCCCUGCUGAUUGAAUACUAUCAUUAUACAAUUUUUUUAAAUUUGACCCAAAAUUGUUGCACUAUUGAUAAGAUCUUCAAGACUCUGUAAAGUCUUGUCACCCUUUGUGCAGUAGUCUAGCACCGACUGCUGGUAACUAUUGCAGGGAAGGAGAUACAAUUCUUUGGUGAACAAUUUUGGGUUGAAUAAAAAAAACUAGGACAUUAUUAUAAACAGCAUCAGGCGAUUGGUAUUGUGAAGUAGGAGGAAACCAGAGACCCCGUUUUAGUUCCAUGAUGAAUGACACAAUUCUGGUCUUAUAAAAAUGUUUUUUUAUUGUUCAAUUUUAUUUUAGAGAAUUUUUAUACAUAUACUUGUUACUUCUAGUAAUUUAACAUAAAGGCCUCUUGCUUUCCAUGUUUUUAGCCGACCAACAAAACGAAAAGUUUGUCCAUUUUUACGACACUUGACGAACACAGAAAAUUCAUUUUGAAAUGUUUGAAUACUGUAAACUGAAACUUUUUUGAGCAUUGCAUUUUUACAAAAUGAUGAGAUGAGAAGUCGAAAGUUGCUUGGUCAAUUAAUUUACCGAUGGCCAUUAAUACUUAUCUAUCAGUUGAUAUUAGUGUUAAUAUGUUGAAUCAUCUGUUGUUCAAUUACUUCAGGUUUAAAAUUGGUCAGCUAAAAACCUUGAAACCGCUAGGCCUAGUUAUUGGUCUUUGGGUGAAGGUCUUGGUAUCCACUCCAUGGAGGCUGGACAGCCAAGUUGUUCGAGUAGUUCAAAGAAGUGGCUUUUUUUGUCGUAUCCAGGGUCAAUUUGAAGCAGACUAUGAAGGAAACGAGAGGAUCGCAAACUAGUGUAAACCCCUUUAGUUUUGUGAACCAAAUAUUUUCGCGAGAGGGGGUAUAAUUGCUAACUUUAGGGAAGUGAAAAUUUUCAACUUCAUGGUUUUAUCUUUGGAAACUGCACCCAUUUGUAGAAAUAAAUGGAAGCAAAAUCUGAAAAGGAUGUUUUUUGCAGACAUAUUGGGCCACAAAAAUAAAGGUGUUUACAGUAUGUGUUCAUUUUUUAGGAAUGACCAGACAUCUGUGUUAGUUCAUAAAAUGCUAAUUAAUAUGUACUUGCUGUUGUCUGAGUGUAGGUGUUAUAUAUCAUUGAGGUAUUUUGUAAAGGAAAUACAAUGUUUUCACAUAUUAUUAGAAUUUUGGUGAAGAGAUAUUCGGCGAACUUGAUGGGGACCUUGGGACCUUUAAACAACUUUUCCUACUCUCAAGCCAACUUGAAAAGUACAACGGGCACUUAGUCGAUUGGUGCAGGUUUUCCACAACAUUAUUUAUUGGAUAGAUCAAUGUGAUCAGUUUUCAAAUUUGUGCUGAUCAUGUGACGUUGUCAGGUGAUGGCAAUUUGACCAAUCGGCACAAGCUUUGUGGUCGUCUGCAGAGCAACGUUUCUGAUAUUGGCGGAAUUUUUCCUUGUCCAUGUCUAGUUAGAGUUCAAAAAGGUUAUUGUAGCCGAUCUAACUUUCUAAAAAAAUUUGAUGAGCCAUUUUAAAGAUGGCCUGCAGUAUAACCUCUGUACAAAGAACUCAAUGUCAUGUUCAUAUAGCAUAUUUACAGGUAAUGAAAUCGUAUAAGAUAGGAUUUCUACACCUCGAGAAGAUGAAUUACAAUAUAAUGUAAAAAGCACAUAUUUCCUAAUAGCUAAUACUCCUUUAUCUUUUGCCCUGUACAUAGUUAACAGAUGUAAUGUAUUGCUUCUACCUAUGCCUUUACAGGAGGAGUCCUAUGGGGAAAUUCUUGUUUCAAGGAUUUUGUGACGGCUGUCGGAAAUAGUUCUUGUCUGCACCUAAAGGUGGAGGUUUUAGAUGGAAACAUGCUGAGACAGCCUUUAAGAGUUCUCCUUUGAGAAGGGCUCCUCCACUUCAGCAAGUCAACAUUAUGUGGAACUCAUAUGUAGUCAUUUGGAAUACUGCUCUGUGGACUUACAUGUAAAUCAUCACCACAAUUGACCUAAGUUGGAAAAGAAUUCCAGAUUUGCGGCCGGUUAUGUAUUCUCACACCAGAUUUUGCUACGGUAUGCGUAACCGGAUGCAAAAUCUGGAAAUCUAGUUCCAACAUCUGUCAAUGGUGGCACUGAUUCAGAAUCCUCAAAGGAGUAUGAGAGGCUUUUGAGCCUUCAGGCGGGAAAGAACAAUUGUAGGAUCCAAUGAGCUAUUAUUUGAUUCAUUCCCCACCGUGAUGGCAAAUAGAAUAUGUUAGAACAAAAAAAGGGAUGUGUUCAAAGCAACUGGAAAAUUCUGAACCCCUAGCUCCUGAUUAUAGCCUGCCCCCGCCCCAUAAUCAAAUGAAAAAUGUCUCCAUGUUCUGCAGAGUGCCAUCGGAUUUACUCCUAUUUCAGUGCUAAGUUACAGAAAAAGUCCUAGGGAAAUAAAUUUGCUAUACUAGUCGAUCGCAUUUGUAUGUAAAGUUCCAUGAAUCCUGCAAUAUGUAAAAGUGCCAUAAACGUGUUUAUUUAAGAUGGCUGUACUUCAUUUUCGAUCUCAUUUUCUUGUUUAAUUCUACGCGAUUCAAAGAUUGAAUGAUUCACACUGUACCCGUUUGGUGCCAUUCGAUUUCAAUGAUGUCAUUAGCCGAUCAGCGAACGACUAACUGUUAAACCUUUAAAAAAGUUUCCUGGCUAAUGGACAUGAGAUUACCAUAAGAAAAGCAGCAAUCAUUUCAGUGUAUUUUUGCAGAUUUCGUGAUCAUUUGGGAAAGUAGCUGUCUUUUGGAAUAGCCCCGCUUUAAGGUAAAAUAAAAUCUUACAGUUCUAGUAUAUGAUAAAUAGAGGUCGCUUCAACUGGCUCAUAUAUAGAAGGAAUGAAAUAUGUAGGGAAAAGGCAAGUUGCCUUGACUCGGACUCGAACCACAGGUCUUUGAAUUGCUCAUACAUUGCUCUCUACCAUGUCAAAUUCCUAUCAGACCUACCUGUUUCUGCGCUGUGUGAUACCGUUAUGAAAAUCUGAUUUGGCUCUGAUGUGUCACUCGGUGCAGAAAACAGAAUUUGAUGGGUUAACAGGUAGCGCAGUGAACUGGCAAUCUGAAGGUCUGUAGUCUAAAUCCCACUCGGGGCAACCUGAUUUUUCGGCACAUACUGUAUAGACGCUAUUUAGCCAGUUAAAGGGUGCCUAUACAAAAGGCCUACUGGGUAUAUAACAUGUAUUGUAGGCCUAUGUGAAACGGACGCAUCAAAACCGACUAAACAGUAUUUCAUCCUUCUUACAGUUUAAAUAUAUAGCUGCAGAUACGACCCAGGUUUUGAAUCAAAAAGUGUCGGGCCCACAUGCACCUAAAUCAAGAACGACAGAAAUUCGCCUUACUGAUUUUAUAAUGGUAAAAUGUUCUAAAGGAUGACUCGAAAACAUGUCGGUGGCUAUGAGGUUGAUUUAGCUGUGUGUGUGCCAUAUACUUAGCUGGGAUACACUAGGUGUUGUAGCCCACUUGACUCACGCGAAGUAACAAAUCGUUUAGGAGAUUAUGUAAAUGACUAUACUAAGUGUGGAUGGGUCACUUGGAGGGCUGCAUACAUGAAUGAGUUUUCCAUGGAUUGUAGGAGAGGCGAUGAUAGGCUAUGUUCAGCAUUGCUCUAUAUGUUUGGUCCCAAGGUUGGCGUGAAAGGAAUGGUUUAAAGUUGCCACAUUGCAGCCCUUCUCAGAAGAUUUAUUUGCCCAUUUCUAGUUCAGCGCCACCUAUUAGUGGUGCUUGGUUUUGGUGGGAUGAAGUGGCUGAGGUCAGUGCAGCAGGCAACACGUUGUUGCAGAGACGGUGGUCAAAUGUGACAUAAAGAGUUUGGCAUGAGGAGGACGCAGAGGUGGAACCCGGGUGAGGACAUCACCGUGUGCAUAAUUCAUAAAAUGUACAUAAAGGUGUCCUUGCUUUCACUCAAAAACAGGCACUCAAAAAGUUCAACUAGCACACUUUCACUGCGUCCCCGCCGAGGUUGUUUUAUACCUCCCAACGCAAGUAAAUUAGUUUCGUCAAGAACUAGAAUUGGUCAAAUAAAUCUAUUUUUGUUAAUUUAUUGUUCUGCUUCUCUUUGCUUUAACUGUGAUGUUCUUGGUAAUGUGGCAUUGUGUACCAUGGUUAGAGAGUUGUUGUUAAACGUAGUGCUUUCAAUCAUGUCGUAAGUUUUAUACCUGUUCUUUCGACUUGUCACUAUCAUUUAAUAUGAAAUAUAUGGAAAUGAACUUAGAAUAA